GAUCCCUCUCCCAGGAUCCCUCUCCGGGUCCCUCUCCCGGGGGUCCCGGGCUCCCUGUGCCCUCCCUCACGCCCGUCCUUGCCUUGCAGCCGCUGGAGCUGCUGUGUGAGAAGUCCAUCGGGACGGCGAACCGGCCCAUGGGCGCGGGCGAGGCGCUGCGCCGGGUGCUGGAGUGCCUGGCCUCGGGCAUCGUCAUGCCAGAUGGUUCUGGUAUUUAUGACCCUUGUGAAAAAGAAGCCACUGAUGCUAUUGGGCAUCUAGACAGACAACAAAGGGAAGAUAUCACACAGAGUGCUCAGCACGCGCUGCGGCUCGCCGCCUUCGGCCAGCUCCACAAGGUCCUGGGCAUGGACCCCCUGCCCUCCAAAAUGCCCAAGAAGCCAAAGAACGAGAACCCGGUCGAUUAUACUGUCCAGAUCCCGCCCAGCACCACCUACGCCGUGACCCCCAUGAAGAGGCCGAUGGAGGAGGACGGGGAGGAGAAAUCCCCCAGCAAGAAGAAGAAGAAGAUUCAGAAAAAAGGUAUUGAGUUAACGAGAGGUAGGUACAGAGGG